AGUUGUUUCCUUGUACUUUUUAUCAAAGUUACAAUUUUAUUUCAAUCCAAUGUAGUACUCAUGUUUCAUAAAUAGAUGGUAAUCUCCAUCCUCAUAAAACAAAUAGUUGAAAUCACUACAACAAAGGGAGAUGUCGUGAAAUCUGUUUGUUAGAUCUGAGUUUAAUGUCGUUUACACAGAAUUUCCUGAUUCUUGUUUCUCUGUCUUAUCUGCUCUCUUGUCCCAUCCAGAGAAAAAGCCAACCUGGCUGUGACUCUGACGAAGAGAAAAGACGACAUCUUGGCCCACGCUUCCUUCCUGGAACCCUGUUGGAGCUUCGGUGGAUCAGAUGAGGACCAUGACCUCAGACAGCGGGGAGGAGGUGGAGGCUGUCCUCGUGAGGAGUGAAUCUGCCGACGCUCAGGGGAUCAACAGCCUCAUCAGCUCCAGUGCUCUGACGAUCUCUGGGAGAGUGAAUAUUAUUCCACUGCUAGAAAAAGCCAACCUGGCUGUGACCGUGACCAACAGAAAAGAUGACAUCUUGGCCCACGCUUCCUUCCUGGAUCACCCUGUUGGAGGUUUGGUGGAUCAGGCUCACUGGCAACGUUUCCUGCAGAAACACUUCAGUGCUGAAAACUGCACGCCUCUGAACACACUCUUCCUCCACCUUUUCGUGGCACAGAAGAACUUUGCGACAGCCAGUGUGAAGAAGAUAAUGAGAGCUGUGUUUAAUGCCGUCCCAGAGCUUGAACACAUCUGCCUGGUCACCCCGAACAUCAUUGAUCUAGAGCCGGCACUGAAAGACACGUUCGAGUGGCUGCAGCGCCUGACGGAGCCCGGCCCUCGGUGCUUAGCAUUGAUCUGCCACAGAUGGCAGCACUGUCCCAGACUUCAUAUCCGCUCUGCCAGGGAGGAGGAUCAUGACGACAUCAUGCACAUAUUUAACCGCUACACUAAACUCUUGGAUCAGCCGUACGUCCUGGCAGAACUCAUUGAGGCUCAGAAUGAAGAUAAUCACUCAGCUGUUUGUGAGGUUGCUGGCGUCACUGUUGGUUUCAUCUGCGUCACUGCUGAUGUCGAUUUGAAAAAGCUGCGUCGCGGCUUUGAGCUCAGUGACUUCAAUGAUUUGUACAAACCACAACAAACUGAACUCUGUGAACCGGCUGUGUCGACUGACCCGGGAGAAGAUGACGAGGAACUGAGACAAAGUCAAACCUCCACUUUACAACAG